GUUUGAGGAAGUGCAAGAGGCUCUGAGAAAACAGGUUGGGUGAGUGCUUGGUCGAGGAGACAUUGAGAAGGCAUCACCUCUAAAUAAGAGGACUAAAGGUAUUCUAGCUGAGGACACUGAGAAGGCAUCACCUCUAAAUAAGAGGACUAAAGGUAUUCGAGGACACAUAGAGAAGUCAUCACCUCUGGAGAAAAGUCCAGAAUGGCAGAUGUUGAGCCUCCUUCAGUGCUCGAAGACUUCCAGGCUAGUGCAGACACAGCGAGGCUCUUGCCCUCACCCGCACCAUGUAGUGAGCCACAGCUGAUGGAGCAGCCUCCACCCUACAUGCAGGCCCCACCCCUCUACAGUGCCUAUCCGUCAUUCAACCCACAAAACCCUCCCAAUGAGCCCUACCAUCCUCAGGAGCUUGGGUAUCAAUGUAGCUCCGAGGGGCAACCAGUGGUUGAGGGCUGUGGUCUUGUGGAAGUGUCAGGUUUUGAAAAUAAAUCCAUCCGCCUUGCUUUCAUAAGAAAGGUGUUCAGCCUGGUGACUCUCCAGCUGCUCUUCACCUUCAGCGUGGUGUGUGUGUUCACCUUCUCCCGCACAGUGAAGGAAUACAUGAUGACGCAGAACGGAUUCUGGAUUAUGAUCAGUUCCUACAUCACCUUUGUGGUGAUGUCUCUGGUCCUGAUAUGCUGCAGGUCAUUCAGCCGCCUCCAUCCGUGGAACCUGGUGGCCCUGGGCCUGGUCACUCUCAGUCUCUCCUAUGUGGUUGGUGCAGUGGCCUCGUGUUACAACACUCAUUCUGUGGUCAUCGCCAUGGGCUCAACCCUGGCCGUUUCUUUUUCCAUUAUCAUCUUCUCAGCCCAGACCAAAGUGGACUUCACAAUCUGUAAUGGGAUCCUGGUUACACUUUCCACAAGCCUUCUGAUGUUUGGCUUCUUCAGCAUUUUCUACUACUCCACAAUCGUAGAUGUCGUCUAUGGCUUCCUUGGGGCUCUGCUUUUUUCACUGUUCCUGGUGGUGGACUGCCAGCUGGUGAUGGGCAGACAGACGUACGCACUCAGCCCGGAGGAGUACGUGUUCGGCGCUCUCAUCGUUUACCUGGACAUCAUCAACGUCUUUCUGUACAUACUGCUUCUAUUUGGGGGCGGUUCCAGAAGUUAAAACAGAUGCAUAUAUUUACAUGCAUAUACUGUACUGUGUAUAUCGGUAUGUGUGUGUGUACCUAUUCAGUUAACUCUGAAAUGGUUCUCAUGCAAACGGUUUAAGCUUUAUGUUGGUUAAGGGAUAAUGGACGACACGCAUGCAGUUAGUAGUCAAAGUUAAUGCACGUUCUAGACGGUGAUACGGCCCGACGCGAAGCGGAGCGUCUAGAAAAGUGUGUUUUUAUCUUGCUCACAUCUAUAUGCAUAUAUAUGCUUUCACUAUCCAAACAAAACUAAAACGCAUAUGAAUACCAAAACAUACCAUUUUAUUGUAACAAUAUUUCACAUAAACAACUCAUUGCACAUUAGUGUAAUAAAACAAACAUCCUUUUAA